GUGGAACUGCUUGCUCACCCUUUGCAGGCUGACCAGGUGCUGCAGCGGCAAGUAGCACAAAAUCCGUGGGACCAGUACAUCCUCCCAGGGCAGGUCCAGGAGAUGACAUCUGCUCAAGACAUGACAGCAGUAAUUACACAGUGAAUGAGAUGAGCCACCGGGACAAGCUGACUGAAUACUCACUCUUGACUGCCUACAAUCUCAUAUACAAGCUAAAGUACAAGCAUGGCAAAUAAAUCAAUUUAUGAGUUCUCUGCCGAGACGCUGGAUGGACAGCCGGUUCCGCUCGGUAACUACAGGGGUAAGGUGCUUCUCGUCGUCAAUGUUGCCACCUUCUGAGGGUCAACAAUAGAGGAGUACCAUCGACUGAAUGCACUGAUGGAAAUUUUUGGUGACCUCAACUUCACUGUCCUGGGAUUCCCCUGCAACCAGUUUGGUCUUCAGUCACCUGAGGUGAAUCACGAAACCCUUGAUAUUCUAAAGUAUGUGAGACCUGGUGGGGGGUUUGUGCCAAAGUUUCCUGUUUUUGGCAGGGUUGAAGUGAAUGGAUUAACUGAGGAUCCACUUUUCACCUACCUAAAGGAUACUUUGUCAUUUGUCAACCCUCUUAUUGGAGAUAUUAAGAAGUUUUACUGGUCCCCCAUCAAAGUCAACGACAUACGGUGGAAUUUUGAGAAGUUCCUUAUCACAGCAGAGGGUGUUCCUUUUAAAAGGUAUGAACUUCAUAGCCCCAUUGAAGAAGUGGAGAAGGACAUUGCCGAGCUUCUCUGAUAAACUCACUUUAGUUAAGCACCAGUGUCAGAGUGAUGACCCCUCAGUAAAUGCAUCAAACGCACCUGAGCUGGAUCUGAUGGGAGGAGGAACAAGACUCAGAGCUUCCGUGCAUUCACUCUGAAAACAGCUUCCCCUCAGCCACUGCUGCUCAUGAAUAAAUAUUAAUAAACCACAAUGAAACAAA